AUGGUUAGAAGAAGUUAUAAUAAAAUCUGUAGACUCCAAAAUCCAGAUGGCUCCUGGGUUGAGGAUUUAAAUGAUCUCAAGACUAUGCUGCAAUCCCAUUUUAGUGCUCGUUUUUGCACAAGUCACGAGUUUGAAUCCCUGUCUCUGGGUGGGAUUACUGAUAGAAUUGUGAGACUUAAAGAUGACCAGGUUAUGAACCUCAUUGAACCUUUAUCAGAGAUUGAAAUCAAGAAGGUGGUCUGGUCUUUUAAGGCUCAUAAAGCCCCGGGGUCUGAUGGUUUUCACCCCUUUUUUUAUCAUAGAUGCUGGGGCAUAAUUGGUGCUAAGCUUUGUUCCACCAUCUUGAAUAUUUUAGAGGAUGCUUGUAUGCCGGAUUCCAUUAAUGGUACUCUCAUUUCCUUGAUUCCUAAGGUGGCAAAUCCUAUUAAGAUUGACCAGUUUAGGCAUAUGAGCCUCUGUGACUUUCCCUAUAAAGUAGUGACUAAGAUCUUAGUGAAUAGGCUCAAGCCGUAUUUGGAUGAUCUUAUUUCUCCCUUUCAGGCUAGUUUUGUACCGGGUAGGAUGGCUAGGGAUAAUGCCAUUAUUGUCCAAGAAAUUAUUCACUCCUUUAACAGGAAAAGAGGCAAGGCUGGGUACAUGGCGAUCAAACUUGAUCUUGAUAAAGCCUAUGAUAAGCUGGAGUGGGGUUUUAUUAGGAAUGUGUUGUUUUCUUUUAAUUUCCCCCAAAAGUGGAUUGAUUUGAUUAUGAGUUGUGUUUCUUCCUCCACUAUCUCUGUUCUGUUGAAUGGGGUUACUUUAGAGGGUUUCAAGCCGUCUCGGGGUAUAAGACAAGGGGAUCCUAUGUCACCUUAUUUGUUUAUACUUUGUAUGGAGAUUCUUAGUUUAAACAUCUUAGAGGCUGUUGAUAAUGGAGACUGGAAACCUGUCAAAAUUUCUAGAUCCAACCCUCUGUUCUCUCAUCUGAUCUUUGCAGAUGAUAUAUACCUCUUUGGUAGAGCUGAUCCAGCCACUGCUCAGUCUAUGAGGAACACUGUGCAAAAGUUUUGCCUUGACUCGGGUCAGAUGAUUAACUUGGAUAAGUCGAAGGUUUUUUUCUCUCCCAAUACUAAAGCUGAGGAUAGAUUGUCUUUGUUGAGUAUUUUAGGUAUUGGGGAAACCUCUAACCUAGGGAGAUUUUUGGGCUAUCCUAUGCAUCAUGGUAGGGUGUCAAAGGAUGAUUACUCCUUUAUUCUUGAUAAACUCAAAGGCAAAUUGACGGGUUGGAAAGCUAAUAUUUUGUCCCCUGCUGCUAGGCUUGUGCUUUGUAAGUCCACUUUGGAGUCCAUUCCCUCUUAUUUUAUGCAAAAUAGGCUGCUGCCUAGUAGGAUUUGUAGUGAAAUUGACAGAACUUGUAGGAACUUCAUUUGGAAUGAUUCGGAGCAAAAGAAGAAAAUUCAUUUACUUCGUUGGGAAGAAGUGACAAAGCCUAAGAAUUUGGGGGGGAGGGGGGGCUUGGCCUCAGAGAUGUCAGAGUUAGGAACCUUAAGGACCAUCAUUAAGGGGCCACUCAACAAAGGAGAGGAUUUCCUUCUCGUGGCCAAUUUCUUUGCUAACAAUUCCGUUAUUUCUUUUGUUCUUCCUUCUUUUGUGUGGCAAGCCAUUAGAGCUAUCCUUAGACAGUUGGAGAAUAAUGGUCAAGAUACUCCUUGCUGGCAAUUGUCUAAAAAUGGCCAGUAUACUAUUGGUUCUGCCUACAACCUCAUUCGUAAUCUUCCACGGGAAGAUCAGUAUCCACCCAAUUGGAGAUGGAUAUGGAAACUGAACAUUGUUCCCAAACUGAAGUUCUUCAUUUGGGAAUGCCCGCAUGCUAUCCUUCCUACUAGAGCUUGGUUGUCCCAUAGAGGCUUGGAAGGUCCUACUCAUUGUGUUUUAUGUAACCAGGCUGUCGAGUCCAUACAAGAUCUUUUUAAGGAGUGUUCCUUUGCCGUUAGUAUUUGGAGUAGAGUUGGCUUGGGGAGCUCCAAUCUAGAUUUUGAGCUGUGGUUCAGAAAUUUAGUGUCGGAUAAAUCUUUUUUUCAGGUUCAUAGAGUCCCAAGAGGGCUGAUUGCUACCCAUAUUAUUUGGGUGAUUUGGAAAACUAGAAACAGAGCUAUUUUUCAAGGCUCGAUUAUCCCUGUUUCUUGGCAGCCUCCUGGUCCAGGUUGGUUGAAAUUGAAUACUGACGGAUCCUCCCUCGGCAAUCCAGGCCUAGCAAGGGCAGGGACUGUAAUCCGUGAUCAUGAGGGUGGUUGGGUGAGAGGCUCUGUUAGGCAACUGGGAAUCUGUUCUAAUUAUCUUGCUGAGUUAUGGGCUCUUAGAGAUGGGCUUACAACUUGCCAUCUCACUUGGAGCAAGAAAGUUAAUUAUUGA